AUGCUCUGCAACGUCGGCAACGUCAACUUUUCUGGUCGGCCAGAGAUCCUUCAGUCUAUCGCGUAUGCGACAGAGGGAAAGAAUCGCGUCAUCGGCAGCCCAGGCCACGAAGCCACUGUUAAAUGGAUCCAAGACCAUCUGGAUACAAGCUACUAUGACGUUUCACUGCAAGGCGUAGAACUCAGCAUUGGCGUCAAUGCCACAUUGACGGCAAACAACAAGACCAUUGAGGCCUUUGCAACUACGCUUGCCCCCAAUGGCAACGCCACGGGAUCUCUUGUUGCGAUCCCCAAUCUUGGCUGCGAAGAAGCUGACUUCGCAGAGUCGUUGGACGGCAAGAUCGCGCUCAUCAAGCGUGGCACAUGCUCGUAUGGUGUUAAAGUGCAAUUGGCAGCCGCUAAAGGAGCAUCUGCAGUAAUCGCCUACAACAAUGGCGAAGGCACACUUGAGGGCUACUCGCUGCAGGUUUUCUCAGACCCCGCAAUGCCAUUCGUCCCUACGAUUGGUAUCACACAGGGCCAGGGCGAGGCGCUACUCGCCCAGCUGGAGAAUGGCGUCAGCGUCAGUGUCGCAUUGACCUCGGAAGCCAAGCUAUACACCACCUACAACGUUAUCGCAGAGACUAAGGGGGGUGACCAUGAUAACGUAAUACACGUUUCUGGUCACUCUGACUCUGUCACUGCUGGUCCUGGUAUCAACGACAAUGGCUCUGGAACUAUCUCGUUACUGGAGGUUGCUAUCCAGCUGACCAAUUUCACUGUUGUCAAUGCUGUCCGUUUCUCUUGGUGGACCGCUGAGGAAGCUGGUCUUUUGGGGGCAGAAUACUACGUCAAGCAAUUGUCUCAAGCUGAGAAGGAAAAGAUCCGUCUGCUUCUGGACUUCGACAUGAUGGCAUCUCCGAAUUUCGCUUAUCAAAUUUACGAUGGUGAUGGUUCGGCAUACAACCUCACUGGCCCCGCCGGUUCCGCCGAAGCUGAGCACGAAUUCGCUGCCUACUUUGAUAGCAUCGGACUCAACCACACCGAGAUAGAGUUCGAUGGUCGUUCUGACUACGGUCCUUUUCUCGAGGCUGGUAUUGCUGCUGGUGGUAUUGCCGGCGGUGCAGAAGGUAUCAAGACCCAAGAAGAGUUCGAGAUGUUUGGUGGCGGGGCAGGCUUGAACCGUGAAGCUUGGAUCGAAUUCUCACGUGCAAUUGCACACAUGACUGCAAACGUCCAACGCAUUGUCGUUUCGUGUGAACUGAAAGAAGAGAUGAACAAAAUAGAUGGGGACGAAGGCAGCAGCGCCGGAUGCCGCCGUGGUGGCGAAAAGAAUGAGGACGGUCCUUCAGCGGAAGAGUUGGACUGGGAUGAGGCGCCGGAAGGCAUGGUGAAGAGAGCUCACAUCUGCUGA